AUGUUUGGGCUCCCGAAGUAUUUUGGGCUUAGAGGCCGAGCCUUGAACUUGGCGAUCAGUUCCCUAGGGAGUCUUGAUUUCUUACUCUUCGGAUAUGAUCAAGGUGUAACAGGUGGUCUGCUUGACCUCCCGUCGUUUUACAAAUACUUUCCUGAUAUCAAUCCCCUGAGGGCGGAAGAAGAUACACCCGAAUUCUCGCGGCUCCGUUUGAACCAAGGCAUUGCAGUGGCGUCUUACAAUCUGGGAUGCUUUAUUGGUGCGAUCUUGACAAUCUUUAUCGGCAAUCCGCUAGGCCGACGUAGAACAAUCUUCUGCGGCUGCAUAACUAUGGCGACCGGUGCUCUAUUACAAUCAACUGCAUUUCACUUGCCGCAUUUCAUCGUCGCACGCAUCGUUACGGGGAUUGGAAACGGUAUGAACACCAGUACCGUGCCCACCUGGCAAUCGGAAUCAUCGAAGGCCCAUGACCGGGGGAAGAUGGUCAUGAUCGAGGGUAUGCUCAUUACGGCGGGUAUUACUCUGAGCUACUGGAUUAAUUACGGAUUCUCAUUUAUCCCCGACAGCGAGGUGGCAUGGCGAUUUCCCCUGGCCUUCCAGAUUCUCUUCGCCGUGGUGAUUUUCAUGUCAAUCCUCAAUCUGCCCGAGUCUCCGCGAUGGCUAGUCAUGCAGGGCCGGAAUGACGAAGCAGUCGAGAUCCUCGGAUAUCUAAACGAAAAGCCUCCCGAUGACCCUUUCAUCAGGAACGAACUCAAAGCUAUCCAAGCGACAGUCGAGGAAAUGUCCAAGGGUUCUUAUAGAAGUCUGUUCGAUAUGAGCGAGUACCGUGAAUUCCACCGAGUCGCACUCGCCUAUGUCAACCAGAUGUUCCAGCAGAUAUCCGGAAUCAAUCUGAUCACUUACUAUGCGCCUCAACUCUAUAAGGAAAUUGGCCUUGGAAGCGGCAAUCUGCCAAAGUUGCUAGCCGCUUGUAACGGAACUGAAUAUCUGAUGGCUGCUUUUAUCCCCAUCUUUAUUAUCGAAAAAGUUGGACGCCGUCCACUCAUGUUAUUUGGGGCCGCUGGCAUGUCCAUCUCGAUGGCAGUUCUCGCGGGUACUAACUAUCGGUUGCUGGAGCUAAAGGAUAAGCAAGCUGGCAUUGGACAGGCCGUCUUUCUUUUCGUCUUCAAUACCUUUUUCGCCAUCGGGUGGCUGGGAAUGACAUGGCUGUAUCCCGCCGAAAUUGUGCCGCUGCGAAUUCGUGCCCCGACGAAUGCAUUGGCAACUAGUGCUAAUUGGAUCUUUAACUUCAUGGUCGUUAUGAUUACCCCUGUCUCAUUCGCCAACAUUAAGUGGAAGACUUAUGUUAUCUUCGCCGUGAUAAAUGCAUUCAUGUUUCCCUGCGUGUAUUUCUUCUUUCCCGAGACACGGUACCGCUCUCUCGAGGAGAUGGACAACAUCUUCAAGAAAUCCACCAAUGUCUUCAAUGCCGUCACCCUUUCGAUCAAGGAACCUUACCGCUACGACAAGCAUGGCCAACUCAAACCAGAGUACCUCGAAGAAGCCAUCCGCCGCGAAAGCGCUUCCGUCCAGCCCUCCGGCAAGGCGUUUGACAGUGAUGAUAGCACGCAUGAGGUCAAGGCCUGA